CAGCUUAAAAUUGUAAACUUCCAUUCUAAAAAAUGGCUCGUACAAAGCAGACUGCUCGCAAAUCCACCGGUGGCAAGGCUCCCCGCAAACAGUUGGCCACGAAGGCUGCUCGUAAGAGUGCCCCAGCCACUGGCGGUGUCAAGAAACCCCAUCGAUAUCGCCCCGGUACCGUCGCUCUCCGAGAGAUUCGCCGUUACCAGAAGUCGACUGAGCUUCUGAUCCGCAAGUUGCCCUUCCAGCGCUUGGUCAGAGAAAUCGCCCAAGAUUUCAAGACCGAUUUGCGCUUCCAGAGCUCGGCCGUCAUGGCGUUGCAGGAGGCAAGCGAGGCCUACUUGGUUGGUCUUUUUGAAGACACCAAUUUGUGUGCCAUCCAUGCCAAACGAGUUACCAUCAUGCCCAAGGACAUCCAACUUGCCCGCCGUAUUCGUGGUGAACGAGCUUAGACUAAGGCUGCCCUUCGCUAGACAAAACGGUCCUUUUCAGGGCCACUAAACUGUUCUGAAAAGCCUGUCCAAGCCAGCAUUGGUUCUCCAAUUCAUUUUUCUUAUGUGUCGUUGUCGUCAAUGUCUAUUGUAAAUUUAAUAAAUUCUUUAUAACAAA